AUGAGCAGCUACGUGGCCCGAGGAGCGCUGUUGCCUCCGCGGGAUGUGAGACUGGAGGCGCAGAACUUCCAUGUGCGCCUGCGGUGGGAGCCGGACCCCGCAGCUGCAUUCCAGGCUGCGUUCCAGGUGGAGUGGAGGAGCAGAACAUCCCAAUGGACCAGUGCAGGUGCCUGCUGGGGGAACAGCACCGGCCCCUCCUGGGUGUGUGAGCUGUAUUUUGAUAAGAUCCAUGACAUAUACUGGGCACGGGUGAGAGCGGUGGCCGGACGCAAGCAUUCUGAGUGGGCCUAUUCCAGCGAGCUGCAGCUCUACAGAGACACCAUUGUGGGACCCCCCAGGUUGUCCUGGCUGCUCCAGGGUGACAUCCUCAGUGUAAAUAUCAUCAUGCCGCUCACUCCCUACCGAAGGAAAACCGGCUCCCACAAGCCAGUUGACCAAGUGCUGCUGAAGCUGUGGUACUGGCUGCACCUAUGGAGUGGGGAGGAAGCUCCAUGCACCUUCAGGGACCUGAAGCCCAGCACACAGUACUGCAUCCGGACAGCGGCUGCGGACAUGUCCCAGGAGCGGAGCCGUGAGGCUGAGCAGUGCGUGAUGACUGCUGCGGGCACCGCAG